AGAUUUUGAAGUCUAUCGAUGUUGUCAACAUAUGAGGUGACCAUGGAGGCGUCGUCUUCGGACUACAGCGAUGAAGAAGUGGGCGUGCUGGCUCAUGGCCAGAAACUGUGGGUGAGAGGAGUAAGAUCCCACACCACUUGCGCUGACAUAGUGAGGGCAUUGCAGGACGCGCCUGAAGCUGGAGGAUUAAGUGAGCAUGGGGAAUGGGUGCUAGCAGAGCGGUGGCGAGGCGUAGAGCGACCGCUUCCACCAGAUGUUCCAGUCUUGCAUGUUUUGGCAGCGUGGGGGGACGCACGGCAUGAGGUGCGUUUAUCCUUACGCCGCGUGUCAAGCGGCGGCGAGGAUGACUCAGGGAGGGACAGUGAUGGGGGCAGCCGGGGAGGGGCGAGGCGGAGGAGGCGGAGAGGUGUCAGGGCGGCCACACCGCCUCCUCGAGCGAGGAGCGAGGACCCCGCAGCCAGGCUCGUCUCCAUCAUACAACACCAAAGCAGGACCAUACACCAACAACUCGACAAAUUAAGUUCAUACUAA